GUUGCUGCUGCUGAACAACUUCAUUGUGGUGCAGCUUGCUUUUCUUGGAGGAGAACGGGAGACAGAAGAGCUGGAGAAGUGCUUCCAACUUGAGCUGUCUGCAGAGGUGUUGGGACAGAUAGUUGACAGCACCAUGUGUAGAGGAAUCCUCUUCUUGUUAGACAAGUCUGGAUGGAUAUAUGUCUUUGAUGCCGCUGAAGGUGCCCGUCUGGCCCAGGUCAAUGUUUCCCUCUAUCAAGCAGAGGGGCACGAAGACAAGAACUCGGGCACCCCGUGUCCCCUUACCCUGCUGCGUGUCGCACGUGACCUGAGUGUCGCUGUGGUUGCCAACAGCUCCAACUAUGUCGCAGCCAUUGAUCUCCAGUUAUACUUCCGAGAGUAUCCGGAUCACUUACUUUGCAAGAGGAGUUUUGACAACCUUCCUAUAGAACAACUGCAGGGGACGGAUGAGGAUGACAUCAGAAGUUCCGAUUAUAAUAUGAAAUUUGUGCCGUGUGCCUUCCGGACAGACAGGUCCUGGAAGGCGUGCCUAUCUUCCUUAUCUAAUGCAGCAAAGAGAUUUCAGGCACCAAGUUUGGAAGCUUACAGGUGUCCGCCUUGGUACCAGUACCUCCCACACCUGGAGGACUAUGGUUAUACACCCCAAGAAGCUUCUAAAAUCUCGCUGCUUCAGGAUGCUGCUCAUGUCCUAGCAACCCCAAGAGGGAAAGCUCAAAAACGUGCAAGUAUACCAGACAGAGGAUGGAAGAACAUUUAUUCGGGAGACCAGGAAGGUUGUGUCAGCCUUGAAUGUAAAUCUGUGACAGCUUUUAGUGCAUUACUCACCAUCUCAACAGAGAGUGAAGGACUGAUUCUUGUUCUGUGGGAUUUGGAGACUCAAGAUGUGAGGCAUGCGUGUGUGGGCAGAAACGCAGUUUUUGUGGAGUGCAGCCCAGAGGAGCAGUUAGGCCUCGUCUUUUCAGAGCCUGGUCUCUCCUUCUUUCUGUUUGGCAUGACUCAACAGGAAUUCUUGAACCGACUAAUAAUCCACGGCAGCGCUGGCACCGUGGACGCCCUUUGCCAGCUGAAUGCAUGGGGGCGGUGCUCCAUUCCUGUACAUGCCUUGGAGGCUGGUUUAGAGAAUCGUCAGUUGGACACGGUGGAUUUUUUUUUAAAGAACAAAGAGAAUCUUUUCAGUGAAUUCUCUGCUUGCUCCUUCGAAGAUCAGCCUGCCAGCAAAAUGUCAGCUCUUUACUUGGAGAGUAUGCAAGAGCUGAGGCCGGCCCUGGACUUGCUUUGCAAGGCAAUCCAAGAAAAUGACUUGGAAACACAGAGCAAGCAUUUCUCGGAGCAGUUGCUGAACCUCACCCUGUCCUUCCUUAACAAGCAGCUCCGUGAUAUUUUCAUCCAUAAAGAAGAACUGGAUGACAAUCUGAACAGAUGUGUUGAUAUUUUAACCAGCUACAUCACUAAGCUUAGGGCGUUUAUGAUAAAGUUUCCUCACAAGCCAUCCGGUGUGGGGAGCCUGCGCUGCAAUCUCGAAGACGUACCCCUGAUAGAACAAAGUGCGAUGUGGGAAGAGUUCAGCAUGGAGCAAACUGUUGCUGAGGCCAUUUUAAACAACAAGCUGCCAGAGGCCCAGACCUUUUUCCAGCUGACUCACAAUCCUGCCUGCAGUCUCAAGGCACUGAAAAGGAUUGGGCAGGAUCUGGUUUACAAGAGCCUGCUGAACAACGACCUCAAGGAAGCCUCCAGACUCCUGAGAAAUAUGGGCUUCAAUGUGAUGGAGCAGCUCCACCGAGUGUGUUUCUAUGCAAGCAACUGGCGUGUCCGGGACUUCUUGGUGAAGACGCUGCAAGACAAAGACUACUUCUCUGAAGCAGAAAAAGAAAUGAUAGAUUUCGUGCAUCGGGUGGAAAAAGUUUAUUCAACAGCACUUCCGGAGCAUGAAAAGAAAGCAGCCCCGUGCAGCUACUGGAGAAGGGAGCAAGGCCUUUCUGCCUAUAGUGCUGCCUUGGACGCGCUUCUGAACUGCUGUGAGGACCGAGUCCAUAACCACGAGCACAGGAUCAUGUUGAACUGGGCUCGGUGGUGGGAUCGGGACACACGAGAGAUGGUUCUCCUUCCAACGCAAUCUCCAGGAGGUGAGUUCAAGUCAUGUAAUCCAGAGGUUCUUUGGACAUACCUGACGUCUUGGCACGACUGGGCCAGUAUCAGCGCAUGGAUUGCAGACUCUCAGCCUCAGGAUGGUGGCUCCGACUGGCCACAACUGACCGCCGAGGCCGUUGAGCAAAGAUCCUUGUGUAGCUCGUUCAUGCACAAUGAAAUACUGGACUGCCUGGCUAGGAAUGGGACUUUUGUACCGGCAGAGCUAGAAAACGUUGAGCGCCUUCUCCAGAGAUUGGCCCUCAUUGGUGGGGUGAUGCAGAACCCGCACCCUGUUCUAGAGCACGCGCCCAUUGCUGGCGGAGAUUUCCACGUCUGCGUUAUCCAUUAUUGUUUAGAGCGUGGCCUGGACCAUCUUCUGUACACCUAUCUGGAUUACUACAGUUUAUGUUCUUCCAACUGCCCCAUUCUGGAUGAUAGAUCAUUGCAUGAAGCUCACCCCUGGUUUGAAUUUCUAGUGCAGUGUCGACGCAUCGCCAGCAAACCUGGAGAUGCAGCCGUGAUUUUCCACGCGAGCCUCGCGAACGCCCAGGUCUUGAUUCCCAGCAACCAGGCCGGCGUGAGCAGCAUGCUGCUGGAGGGACGGACGCUCCUUGCCCUGGCCUCGACCAUGUACGCCCCCGGAGGGAUUGACCGGGUUCUUCAGGACAGGGAUGGCGGAAAGAAGGUGGAUGCCCAGCUCUUCCGGAUGGCGCUCAUUCCGUACCCCAAGCUGCGAGCGGCCCUCUUCCCCCAGUGUGCCUCUCAUGGGGCCCUGCCCUCCGACGUCUCUCUCUAUCACCUGGCUCAGGCACUCGUUCCGUUCGAUCCUUCCAAAUUGUUUGGCUGGCAGUCAGCAAACACUCUUGCCAUUCCUGAUCUCCCCGGCGCCCUGCCUCACUUCUCGUGCCCGGCCCUAGUCAACAGAGGGGCCAUCCUGGAGCGCCUGGAUUUCUGCCACUAUUUGCGCCACGCACGUCCGUCCUUCGCGUUGGCAUCUUUUGUAGUCCAGCAGCUGGCGAGGAGCAAAACCCCAAAGCAGCUGGUUCAGCACGCGGGCAGUGACGCCUACGCCCUGGCCCUCAGCUGCUUUUACGUGCCCUCGGUGGUCACGGCCUGUGCCUGCUUCUUGGAACUGCUGGGCCUGGAGAGCCUCAAGCUCCGGGUUGACGCCCAAGCCGCAAAUGCGAUCCUGAACUUCAUGUCGAGGAGCGAGGAGCCCCAGUACGAGUCCAUCCGGCAGUCCGUGGUCGACAAGCUGCGAGAGCUGGCCGACGGGGAAAAGAGGGCUGCAGAAGAGCUUCUCGUCUGCCUAGAGGAGGCAGUUUGGGACAAGACCGAGCAGCAGAAGGUCCAGAAGACGUCUGGUGAGGCGCGGCGGCAGUGGGCGCUGGUGGUGCAGUUCUGCCGGCUGCACGGCAUCAAGCGGAGCCCCUCCUACCUGCGGGCGUGCGCCAGAGCCCACGAGUGGCUGCCGCUCAUCACGGUGGCCCAGAUGUAUGGCUACCCACCGACGGAGGUCGUUCCCAUCCUUCAGGAGUUCUCCCCCCCGCUGCAGAACCACCUGCGGCUGGCCUUCGGGAGCGUGCUGCCCCCCGGUGCCCGGGAGGGAGGGCAGGGCAGGGAGCUCAGCCGGCCGAGGCCCGAGCACAGGCCGCACGCAACCGACCUCUUCUGCCUCCUGCUGCACGGCCAGGAGCCGCCCCACCCCUGGCAGGACCUGCUGGCGGCCGCCGUGAAGCACCACGUCCCGGCCCUGGCCGUGCUGGCCGCGUGCCUGGAGGGCGCCGGCACCGUCCACUGCCUCUGUGUCUGGAUCGUGGCCUCCUUGGAUCGCUCCACCGCAGCCGAGGUGACAAAACACGUCGAAGGCCCUGUCGAAACCCAUCCGUGGGACCUUCUGGAUUUGGCCGCUCUCUGGCGGAGGCUUCUGAGGAGGCGGAAGAUCAGAACGCUCCUUCAUGGCUUCCGGUUUUUCCUGAAGGGCUCCCCGCUGCUGCUGCUGCUGGAGGGGUACGAGUCGUGCAUGGAGCACCGCAAUUACACGGAGGCCUCUGCCAGGCUCCUCGCGUUCCACGGCAGCGUCGCAAAACUCCAGGCCGUGUGCGAAGGGCCGCCUCCCGUCCCGCCCGUGCCCUGGCUGGAGUCGCAGGCCGCCUUCCUUCUCGGACUGAUGCCGCAGCAGUGCCGCACCCCCUACGAGCUGCGGAGGCUCCUCCAGCUGUUUGCAGACACGGGCACUGCCCUGCCUCACGGGGCAGAUACGAAGAAGCUAAGUGCCCUCAGCUACAUCUUGAGGGAUUCCCCUCUCUCAGUUGAUCGUGCCAUCUUAACGAAUUACACUGCUGAGAACUUCCAGAACGAAUGCAGCAGAAUUCUGGAGCAGCUGCAGGAGAGAAGCGCUUUUUCCACGGCACGGGAGGUAGCGGAACUUGCGGAGUUGCCCAUGGACAACAUCGUCAUCCAGGAGGUGCUCCAGAACAUGCAUUUUUUGAAACAGAUUGGCCACUGGCCCCAAAAACGGACAAGAAUUGAGUUCUGGAAGAAGUGUAACGAGUGUUUUGAGAAGAAUGGCAUCCUGAACCGUGCCGCCUCUGGCUUCUUCUCCGCACAGGCAGACGCGGUGUCGUCCGCAUCCCCAAAUGAUGAGGGCGCCUGCUGCAUCAUCGAGAGGCAGCUGCUGCUUAGCUUGGCCGGCCACUGGCUGGCCAGGGGUGACCCGAUCCCGCUCGAGGAACUGGAGCAGGUGGAACGGGAGGUCUGGCUCUGCCGCAUCGCCCAGCAGACGCUCUGCCAGCGGCCCAGGCAGGCCCGGCAGAGGCUCUCGCACCAGAUUUCCGUUAGCGGAGAGCGGUCCUUCGAGUCCCUGGCCAAGGAGUUCUCCUUUUCCAAGCUGGCCGCGUUAAACGUGCCCGAGGACCUGCAGCUCGAGCGCUUGCCUGCCCAGGAGGCCCCGGGGGCCGUGCUUCCAGAGGCUGACCGGGCGUCCCUGGAGGUCCUGAUCGGGCAGCUGCUGGAUGAGGGCAGCGUGCACGAGGCGAGCCGUGCCUGCCGCUACUUCAAUUUCCACAGCCGAGACGUCUCCCUGGUGCUGCACUGCAGAGCACUGGCAUCCGGAGAGGCUCCCCGGAGCCACUUCCAUGCAGACGUCCGGGCGAUCCUUGAAGCUCGAGAGGAGGAGGAAAGUGAGAGGAGCGGAGAGGGCGGUGCGCAGAAGAGGCAGCUGCCGAGCACCUCAGUCCUGGGGAGCGGGCCCUGCGCGGGGGGCGAGUGUCCGGGCCGGGAGGUCGCAGCCAGCCUGCAGGCGCUGGGAGCCGAGUGUGUGCACGGGCGGAGCUACUGCCGGCAGGUCCUCUGCCUGUACGAGCUGUCCAGGGAGCUGGGCUGCUCCUUCGACGAGAUCUCUGCCCGGGAUCCCGAGAAGCUGCUGCGGACAAUCCUCUCCUCUCGCCGAGCGGACAGGUGCAGGCGGGCCCAGACCUUCAUUGCGGCCCAGGGGCUGGGGCCCGACACGGUGGCAGAGCUCGUGGCCGGGGAGGUCACGCGGGAGCUGCUGGCACCUGCACAAGGACAAGGGAGACAGCCAGCCCUGAAUCCCGCAGAGGGGAGCCAGGCGUUGCUGCAGCUGGCCAGGCUGUGCCCGGACCCUGCCCUGGUGGGCAAGCAGCUGCUGGAGAGAAUCGCUGCUGUACCGCCGGGGGAGCUGGCCUGCACCACUGAGCUCCUGAUCCUGGCCCACAGCUGCUUCAGCUUGACGUGCCACAUGGAAGGGAUUAUCCGGGUCCUCCAGGCUGCCCGGAUGCUCACGGAAGAGCACUUGGCUCCCAGCGAAGAGUAUGGCCUUGUGGUGCGGCUGCUCACGGGCAUCGGUCGGUACAACGAGAUGACGUACAUCUUUGACCUGCUGCACGAGAAGCAUCACUUUGAGGUGCUGAUGCGGAAGAAGUUGGACUCGCAGAGUGGGGCGCUCAAGACCGCCCUGCUGGACUACGCCAAGCGCCGCCGCCCGGGAGACAGCGAGAAGCACAACAUGAUCGCCCUCUGCUUCAGCAUGUGCCGGGAGAUCGGGGAGAACCACGAGGCAGCGGCCCGCACCCAGCUCAAGCUCAUCGACUCCUGCCCCUGGGAGGAUUGCCUCCAGAACGUGCCCCACCUAAAGACACUGCUGAUGAAAGCCCUGACCCUCUUCAUCGACGCUGCUGAAAGCUAUUCCAAGGACUUCUGUGUGCACCAGUCCUUGCACUGCAACAGGCUGACAAAACUCAUCACGCUGCAGCUCCACUUCCUGAACACCAACCGCGCCACACAGCUGAUCAACCUGAGCCGGAAGAACCUGCUGGGGUGCGUCAUGGCCCUGCCCAGGUUCUACCAGGCUGCCAUUGUGGCCGAGGCCUACGACUUCGUUCCCGACUGGGCUGAAGUCCUGUAUCAGCGGGUGAUUGUGAAGGGAGACUUCAACUACCUGGAGGAAUACAAGCAGUGUGGCCUGUUGAAGGCGAGCACGUUUGAGGAGAUCGCUCAGAAGUAAGUCAGCGUUGUGAGCCAUCACCUGCUUCUCCAGCACGGAGGCCUCCCCUCCCUCCGCCUGGUUUUCUGUGCAGUUGGGACCCGCGGCCCUUGCUGGCGCUCUUCCCGCUUUGGCAUUGGGCUGAGCUACUGGGGAGGCAGGGAUCUCUUGGAGGAGGGGCAGCUGAGGCGAUCGGGGGCUGGAGCAGGUCGCCUGCGAACUGGGACGGCUCAGCUUGGGAAAAAGGCAAGUCGGGAGGCAUGAGAAGUGUCUGAAAUACUGCAUUGUGUGAAGAGGAAGGGAUUCUUCUCUCUCCUGGAACACCAGCACCCCAAAGAGGAAAGAUUCCUUCACACAACUCAUGCUCACAUUGGCUAGGUAAUUGGCUGCCGUGGGAGGUGAGGCUGUGGGCUGCCUGCGUGCACCAGCUGCUGGGGAGUGGGACCACAGAGGUCUUGUGCCCCUCCCGUGGGGGGGCCCUGGGGGCAGCCGCUCUGCCGCCGUGUGUGCGGAGUGCUGGUCCGCUGGGCCCUGGCUGUCUUACGUUCUUGUGAGAGAAGCCGAGGGGGCUGCACCACGUGACUUUC